ACUGAUUCCUUCAGCAUCAGUCCCCCGACAUCGAUCGCUUAAGAAACAUCUUCAAAGAUGCAGUCUUCAGGUUUGUGUGUGGUGGUAGUGUUGGCUGUGGUUGCAGCGGUGGUGGUGGCUGACCCUAGCUACCCUCAACCAGCUCCCUGUUACCCCAAGACCCAGUACGUCACCAAGUACCAGACACAGGUCCAACAGGUUCCUGUGUACACCACUGUCUACAAGACCCAGGUCGUUCCCACCACGUUCUACCAGACCCAGUACCAGACUCAGUACGUGACCAAGUACCAGACCCAGUACGUUCCCGAGUACAUCACCGAGACGGCCUACAAAACCCAAGUCCAAUACGUGACCCAGUACCAAACCAAGUACCAGACAGUGUACCAAACCCAGUACAUCACUCAGACCCAGUACGUGCCUGAGUACGUCACAGAGACACAAUACCAGACCCAAUACGUAACCCAGGUUCAGUACCAGACCGUGUACAAGACCGAAUACAAGCCCCAGUACGUGACCACAACCCAGGUCCAGUACAAGACCCAGUACGAGACUCAAGUGGUCCCACAAUACGUGACCGUGACACACACACAACAGACCUACAAGACAGUGUGCCCCAAGCCUGCUUACGGGUACUGAGAUCUCCGAAUACGAAGUGGAUCGACAAGCACCAAAUUCCUGAAAUCUCUCAAAAAUAGGUAUUAUGCAAAUUUAUAAUAUUUGUGAAUGAUAAUUGUGGCAUUUCUUCACAUUUUAUGUAAAUCAGGAACCAGCUAAUCUAUCAGAUCCACCCAUAAAUCCGUUAAUCCAAUAAAACUGU